UUCAUGAAAAAUGUGCGGUGCAAUCUGAAACCGUGACAAAAAAAUUAGGGAAAGGAUUUUUGAAGUAUGGAGUACAAAAGCAUUGCAGCAAACCCAGGAAGUGCCAGGGACCACGCCGAAUCAUAAUCUACCAGAACCAAUCGGCCAAAGCACAAUGGCGGAUUCUUCAUCCUGCGGAGGACAAGAGGCAGCUACCAACAUCGUUCCCGAGAACGAUACUCUUCCACUCGAAACACCGACAAAAGAAGACUGGGAGGUACAACGCGAUGAUCACAAGCAAUCCGCCGACCAGGCGUUCCGAGCACGGGGUUUCAAGACAGCCAUCGACCAGUACACAAAGGCGAUAAGUCUGGACCCAGAGUUUGUUGUCUUAUACAGUAAUCGAUCGGCGGCCUAUCUUGCGAAUGGGGAGUCGUCCAAGGCGUUGAAGGACGCCCGAAAAUGUCUCGAAUUGGAUGCGUCCUUUACCAAAGGUCAUUCCCGCCUAGCUGCGGCGCUCAUGGCCCUCAAGAGAUAUGAACAGGCGAAGGCCUCUUACCAGCACGUCCUGGAAAAGGAUCCGAAGAACGCUGCUGCUACCAGAGGAAUCGAGUUGUGUGCGAAGGAGAUCACGAAACGAAUGACUCUGGAGGAACAAAAACGUCAAGAAGAGGAAAAGCGGGAAAAGGAAGAGGCGAAAAAGGCCGAGGCUGCGGCGGCAGCAAAAGAAGAGGACGACGACUUGCUGAACGGCUUCUUCGACGAAGUGGAAGAGGUCGUAGCAAAAAAGAAAGAGGUCACAGUGGCAUCGAACAAUGCCAUUCGCAACGACCGAGAAACACUAGGAUCGACGCAACAACAGAUCGAACGCCUCCUCCAACCUCGGUACGAAUGGCGCAACCUGAAUCCCUAUUACGUCCUGCAAUUGCCCGCAGCGACAUCCACCGACGACGACAUUUCUCGUCGUUACAAGGCUCUUAGUUUGCUGCUCCAUCCAGACAAAAAUCGAUCCACAUUGUCGACCGAGGCAGACCGAGACCGGGCACAGCUCGCUUACGACCAAGUCCAGAAAGCGAAGACCAUUUUAGCGGACGCCAGCAAGAAACGAUACACGCAGUCGCUGGUGGAGGAAGGAAUGAAAAACGGGGAAGCACGAUGGAAGCGAGAACAGCAUCAAAAUCACAAGGGGAAAGGCAGCGGCGUUUCUAGUGGCAACGAGACGCUGGAAUCCAUCCAAGAGAAAGAAGUCAUGAGGAUAUUUGCGCAAGUCGAAGCAAAACGAAAGGACAUGGAAGAACGAGAACGCAAAUUCGAACAGAGAGAACAACAGCAGGAAGAUGACCAACUAGAAAAAGAACGAAGGGAACGAAAAUUCAAUAAGCAAUGGAAGAACCAAGAUCGGGUGGACAAACGAGUUGGAAACUGGCGGGACUUUGAUGCGAAGAAACGAAAAAAGUUAUAGGAAUAAUUGUAUUUUGUAAUAUCUACUGACCUUCAGAGAAUGCUGCUGUCUAGUGUACUCUAAAGUAUGCGGUAUGUUCGUGUGGCAUCCUUGCAGAAUUAAUGUUUUGAAAAUAACUGUGCAUAACGUGGCUAGAUUUCAUAAAUAAUUAUACCGGGCUAAA